AACAUCAAUUUCCACAAUCAAAUUUUUUUCUCCCUAGCUAGGAGCUCCCAUCUUAUCGCUUUCUUGAUAAGUCGAACUCACAGCCUCGUUAUUAGAAGUUGAGGGUGCUUACCAUCUGAAUUCCGAGCAACCCCCUCUUAUCUUUUCCACAAUCAACCUUUUUUUUUCCUAGCUAGGAGCUCCCACCUUAUCACUCCCUUGAUAACUCAAACUCACAACUUCAUUGUUGGAAGUUGAGGGUGGCUACCGUCCAAAUUCCGAGCAAACCCCUCUUAUCUUUUCCACAAUCAACUUUUUUUUGUCCCUAGCUAGGAGCUCCGCCCACCUUAUCACUCCCUUGAUAACUCGAACUGACAACCUCAUUGUUGGAAGUUGAGGGUGCUUACCAUCCGAAUUCCGAGCAACCCCCUCUUGUCUUUUCCACAAUCAACCUUGUUUUCCCUAGCUAGGACCUCCCGCCUUAUCGCUCCCUUGAAAACUCCAACUGACAACCUCUGAGCAACCCCCUCUUUUCCACCUUAUCACUUCCUUGAUAACUCGAACUUACAAUCUCAUCGUUAGAAGUUGAGGGUUCUUACCAUCUGAAUUCCGAGCAACCCCCUCGUCUUAAAUAAAACUCAAAUAAUAUGGCUGUUGUUGUUAGUAAGGUGUAUUGUUCAAAUUCUGAGGUUGUUCUUGUAGUAAGAAGUCGUCCACCUGUUGUGAAUGGUGGUGGAUUUAUAGUUACAAAUAAUUAUACAGAAAAUGUUGUUUUCAAAGUUGAUGGAUGUGGGAUUCUUGGUAAAAAAAAUGAAGUUAUUCUUAAAGAUGGUGAUGGUCAUGAUUUGCUUCUUAUUAGAAAAAAGGGUGGAGUAAUUGAAGCACUAAGCAUGCAAAAGAAAUGGAGGGGUUAUAGUAAAGAUUUUGAAGGUUGUGAAAAAUUGGUAUUUUGUUUGAAAGAGCCAAAUAAUAAUUCUUGUUUUUUCAAGAAAAUGCCAAUCAAAGUUUCUAUUGAAUCAAAUGAUUACAAAAAUCAGAAGAAUUUUCAGAUUGCUGGUUGUUUUCCUGAUAGAGCUUGUAGCAUUGUUGACUCCAAUGGCAAUGUUAUUGCAAAGGUUGGAAGUAGAAAAGAGGUUCAACAAGUGAUGCCAAGCAAAGAUGUGUAUAUUGUUACUAUUAAGGCAGGAGUUGAUCAAGCCUUUGUUAUUGGAGUUAUUGCUAUUCUUGACUACCUAUACGAUGGAUCUACAAAAUGCUGACGUUCGAGUUUAUCGGAAACAACCUCUCUGUUUUUGAGGUAGAGAUAAGAUAUGCGUACAUUCUACGUUUUUCAGAUUCCACCCUGUGGGAUUAUGCUGAAUGUGUUGUAGUUGUUGUAAUUGUUUUGUUGGGUCAGUUUGUGUACAUCUCGAUUAAUUUCACCGGAAUACCUGCUACCUCCUGCAGGUACCACCAGAGGGUUUAUCGGGAACAACCUCUCUGCCUCUAAGGUAGAGGAAAGGUCUGUGUACAUACCAUCCUUCCCAGACCCCACUUUGUGGGAUUAUACUGGAUAUGUUGUAGUUGUUGUAAUUGUUUUGUUGGAUCAACUUGUGUACAUCUUGACUAACUUCACGAAAUACCUGCUACCUCCUACAGGUACCAGAGGAUUUAUCGAGAACAACCUCUCUACCUCUGAGGUAAAGAUAAGGUCAGGAUACAUUCUAUCCUUUUCAAACCUCACUUUGUGAAAUUAUACUGGAUAUGUUGUAGUUGUCGUAAUUGUUUUGUUGGGUCAACUUAUGUACAUCUCAACUAAUUUCACAGAAUACCUGCUACCUCCUACAAGUAUCAGAUAACUCUGUUCAUGAGCGCUUGUAUAGUUGACAUUACAAAGUACUAAAUAAUUAAUCAUUUUCUAUAUAUCUAGUGGCAAAUAAGAAAAUAGUGACUACUUAUUAGUUAUUCCUAAAGUUAUAUGAGAGAUUCUUGUAAUCAUCUUCAUCAAUUAGAAUUGAUGAGAAUAUGGUUUCACUACAAUCUUUAAAUUACUUGAUGCAUUCAAUUA